AUGGCACCGAAAAGUAUGAUGAAGCGUGGCGCGCCGAGUCGACGCAAAGCGGAGCGCGACACGGCGAAAAAGUCGAAUAAACAUUUGCCGGUGGUCGAAGACGAAUAUGAUUCCGAUGCGAUGCAUGAGGAUGAAGACGAGGCUGGUAUAUCUGAGCAGGGAUUGGAGCGCAUUAUGCGUGCACUUGGUCCUGACGGCCUGAAUGAGAUGGACGUUGCUGCCCUGAAGAGCAUACAGGGCGUAGAUGAGGAUGAGGAAGCCGAUGAGGAUGAGGACGAAGAAGAAGAGGAAGUCGGCGAGGAUGAGGAUGAAGAUGAGGAAGAGGAUGAAGAUGUCGAUGUCGAUGUCGACGACGACGACGACGACGACAAAGAGGAUGAGAAUGAGGAUUUCGACGACGACGACGAAGAGGACGUCGACUAUGACAACAAGAGCGACGUUGUCUCCGUGCCCAAGGACUCUCUCGCUGCGAGUAUUCUUCGUUCAGGUCUUGUCCCUGAGCACGACGACGACGACGAAGAUGAAGAUGAAGGCGACGACGAAGACGGUGAUGAAGACGAGAGUGAAGAAAUCGAUGUCGAAGCACUUCCAGAGCACUUUGAACUUUCCGAAGACACUCGCGCUGCCCGGCAUAACAGAGUCCGCAUCAACCGCACAGAAGCGCUCGAGCGAAUCUAUGACGACUUCCGCCUCGGCCAUUCAUCCAGCGCGGAAUCCACCAUGCCAUGGAUCGAGACCAUGGUAGUGACGUACCCCAAGAAAAUUGCAGACGAGGUCCCUGACGUGCAAAACGAUCUUGAGCGCGAGCUUACUUUCUACCGCCAGGCCCUCGACGGAGCGGUCCGUGGGCGUGAGCUGGUCCUCGCUGCGGAUUUACCCUUCUCACGUCCGGCCGACUAUUUUGCCGAAAUGGUCAAGACUGACGAGCACAUGGAACGAGUUCGCCAGCGUCUUCUGGACGAAUCUGCCGGUAUUAAGGCGUCUGAGGAAGCCAAACGGCAACGCGAACUGAAAAAGUUCGGCAAAGAAAUCCAAACCACAAAAACAUUCGAGCGCCAGAAGAGCAAGCGCGACAUGCUCGAGAAAGUAAACUCGUUGAAGCGCAAGCGUGGUGGCGGCUUGGACAAGGACGACGACGAAUUCAAUGUCCAGCUCGAGGAAGCGAUUGGCAACCGCCGCACAGCGCACGGCAAAACCCAAGGCCACCCCAAGAUGAGCCGCACGAAGCGCAACGAGCGCUACGGUUUUGGCGGCAAAAAAAGGCACCUGAAAUCAAAUACGGCAGAAGGACUGAACGACCCUGGCGCUGCACGUUCCCGACGCCCCGGUGCAAGACCCAAAGCCUCGAAAGCCAAGCGCCCUGGCAAAUCGAAGCGCGCGUCGACGCGUAAGUAG